AUGAAUACCACCAUACUAACCGUAACUUCCUGUGAGGAUAACCACUGUAAUGAAGUUGUUGCCACCACUGGUGCGACAACGGUGUCUGCUAUCGACAACAAUGAGCUUACAUCACACGCUGAAGCAACGAAGGAUGGUGUGUCCACCACAGCUCCCAUGACAACCCAUUGUACCAACGAUGUUUGCCUUGAGGAGGUGAUCACUGCGGACAUUUCAAUUGCCACAGGCACCUUCAAUAGCGUUGAAUCUACAUACACAACUUAUGCUCCCUUUGAUUCAGGUGGAAGCCACACCACGGAGACGGCUCUAGCCGUCAUCACUUCUGUGGUGAAGUCUUGUCGUGACGAGUCAAGCACUGAAAUGGUUAUUACGCGCACAACUACACAAGUCGUGACCCUCUCAGUGGCCUCACGUGGACUGAGUACAGCUGAAACAUAG